CGAAGUUUGGAUGAGGAUCGGUUCGAAUAGUUCAUUCAAAAGACACUUUAUUUACAACAAACGGAAAUAGUCAUGGCGGAAAGAGUUAUCAAUUUUUCAGCUGGACCUGCAAAACUCCCUAGGAAGGUGCUGGAAACUGCACAGAAGGAAAUGCUCAAUUAUAACAACACAGGAAUUAGUGUCAUGGAGCUAAGUCACAGAUCAGCAGAUUUUACGAAGAUAAUAAAUGCUGCUGAGAGAAACUUUAGAGAAUUAUUAAAUGUUCCCGAUAAUUACAAAGUCAUUUUUAAACAGGGGGGUGGCACUGGUCAAUUCUCAGCAGUCCCCCUGAAUCUAAUGAACUUGGGGCCUGCGGCUAAGGCCGACUACAUCAUCACAGGGUCAUGGUCAGCUAAAGCUGCAAAAGAGGCUGAAAAAUAUGGAACUGUGAACCAUGUGCUUCCUAAGCUGGAUUCUUAUACAUAUAUUCCUGAUGCCAGUAAGUGGUCACUUAGUCCAGAUGCUUCAUAUGUGUAUUACUGUUCUAAUGAAACAAUCCACGGAGUUGAAUUUUCUGAUAUCCCAGAAACAAACGGUGUUCCCCUUGUUUGUGAUAUGUCCUCCAAUAUUCUGUCCAAACCAAUAGACGUAUCAAAGUUUGGUGUGAUCUUUGCUGGUGCCCAGAAGAAUAUGGGCUGUGCGGGUGUGACCCUUGUCAUUGUUAGAGAGGAUCUCCUGGGCAAGGCCAUGCCACAAUGUCCUGUCACACUGGACUACAAAAUACAAGUGGGCAACAAUUCACUCUACAACACAGCUCCCACCUACAACAUCUACAUCCUGGGUUUGGUUCUACAGUGGGUAAAAGAUGAGGGCGGUGUUCAAAAAAUGGCAGAAAACUCCAAACAGAAGUCGGAGGCGGUGUACAACGCCAUAGAAAAAUCUAACGGGUUCUACCAUGCCACAGUGGAGGCUCAUUGUCGCAGUCGUAUGAACGCCCCAUUCAGAAUAGGGGGGCCAGAUGGGGAUGAAGCAUUGGAAAAGAAAUUUUUAGAAGAGGCCAGCAAGAAAGGAAUGAUUCAACUUAAAGGACACAGAUCAGUGGGAGGAAUUCGAGCCUCGCUAUACAACGCACUCUCUCUAGAGGAAGCCAAUCUCUUAGUCAGCUUCAUGCAGGAGUUCUACAUUCAACACAAGUCCAUAACAUCAUGUCAAGGUUAAAGAUAUUUUUAGCUUAUCUGACCUUAGGGUCAAGGACAUGUCAUCCAGAUGAGUUGAAUGUGUGUUAGGUCAAGGUGUGUAGAAAAGGCAUUACAGUUCAUGUGUAGACAGUACCUAGUGCUAAGAUCUGCCUGUUUGUUUUAUAAAUUGUAUUGGGGGCCAGGCUUACUGGAUGUUGUAUUUUCUGCACAAUAUAAGGCAUCAGGGGCUUUUAAAUGCAAUUUGACAAUAUUGAGCUCAUUUAAGAUAUUCUAUGCAAUAAUAUACUCGAUGAAAUUUGUUUAAUUUAUUGUACAGUAUCGGCAUUUUAUUUGUUUUGACUUGUACUUUUUUUUAACAAAUUGCAGAUUUUUAAAACAUUUGUUGUUAACUGUUGCAAUGCCAAAGAAAGAUAUUUUAUUGUGCAUAAAUUUGACUCUUCAUUGUGAAUACAUGUACGCGUGAAAUGAGCAGAAUGUAUGCUAAUACUAAAGUUAGUGGUGUGUGAAGGUUUAUUUCUUAUGUUGAAAGAUUGCAAGAUGAGAUGAGAGCAUUUCAAAUGAAUCAUUAUACAUGUAAUGUCACACUUUUUGUCAUAACUGAAUUUUCUCCAUUUAAAAUUAUAUCCAUGGCAUGAGUUCGGUAUAGAAGUUGCUUGUUUGAGAUGAAUGAAAGGCAAUUUAUUUUUGACAAACUCCGAUCAAAUUUAUUUUGUUUUUGUAUUGUUGAAUUAUAUUGUGGUUGUAAUGUACUUAAAAUGAAUAAUGUACCCUUGUUUUUCAAGGGUCUUUAAUAAAAGUAGAUAAAAUAGUC